GAUUCAUAGGUAUGAAAGUAGCUACCAAAGCCAACGUCAGAACCACCAAUGCAGCCCGUACAAGUCUCGGCAAAGCGCUUGAAGUGGCAUUUGCAGGUGGAUCUGUAAUGGGUAUGGGCGUUGUAGGAUUAGGACUCUUAGGUCUUGGUACUCUUUUUAUCGUUUAUACCAAUAUGGGUUGGGAAAUCAACAAGGUGAUCACGGUAUUGACAGGCUUUUCAUUUGGAGCAUCAUCCAUAGCACUUUUUGCACGUGUUGGUGGAGGUAUAUAUACCAAAGCUGCUGACGUGGGUGCUGACCUCGUAGGCAAGGUGGAGGCUGGCAUACCAGAGGAUCAUCCGCUCAAUCCCGCCACUAUUGCAGAUAAUGUAGGCGACAAUGUAGGCGAUGUCGCAGGAUUGUAUGGUAUCGCCAUUGCGGCAGUAGGUAUGCUCUCCAACCUCGGUAUCCAGUUGGCCGUUGACGCUUACGGUCCUAUCUCUGACAAUGCAGGGGGUAUAGCAGAAAUGGCAGACUUGCCUAAA